AUGUCACACUUCAACUGGCCCCAUCCGCCCUACGCCGAGGACCAGCCCUACGCCAAAUCCCUCUUGUACGUGCACGUUUUCCAGCGCGGCUUCCAAGCCGGCGCGGGCGUUGGGCUGGUGCACGCCGUAUACAAAGCUAUUCGACCGGCAACCUCGGCUACAAAAUCUGCAGCUGCCAGCACAACAACAGCAAAACAAACACAAUUCCUCGCACGCAUCGGCAGAGCCUGCCUCGUCGGCAGCGGCGUCAGCAUGGCGCUGCUCACGGCGCGCAUGUGGGGUUUAGAGCAGAUCGAGUGGCAGGACCGGAGCUGGCGCUUGUUGGAGAAUGAGGGCCAGGUUAUGCACGACCGGUAUGGUGAUUGGGGCGCUGGGCUGGGGGUUGUAAGUGCUCUUGUUGGAGGGACGAGGAGUGUUGGUUGGCAAAUGGUUGUUGGGAGGGCUGGAGUGGGUGCGUUGGCUGGUGCUGUUGUUUGUGCUGUUGUGCGUAGGACUACUGUGUGA